GCCCGCGAGCGGCACGUGACCAGGUCUGACAGCCAAUCACUAGCCCCGCGGCCGGGCAGCGCGAGGAUUCCCGACCCGGGAGCGGCGCGGCGCAUGGGCCGGUCACCAUCCGCCCCGGCAGGAUAGGAAGGCCCUUGUGACUAUGUGGUGACUACAUUUAUCUCACUACUGAGUUUCUCACUGGAAUCAUGGAGGAGAAACAGAUUAUAUUGGCUAAUCAAGAUGGUGGGACAGUGGGAGGAGCAGCACCUACCUUCUUUGUCAUCCUAAAACAACCAGGAAAUGGCAAAACUGAUCAAGGAAUUUUGGUUACCAAUCAGGAUGCUUGUGCUUUGGCUAGUAGCGUGUCAUCACCAGGAAAAUCUAAAGGGAAAAUUUGCCUUCCAGCUGAUUGUACUGUGGGAAGAAUUACUGUCACUCUUGAUAAUAAUAGUAUGUGGAAUGAGUUCCAUAAUCGAAGCACAGAAAUGAUUCUGACCAAGCAGGGAAGACGCAUGUUUCCUUAUUGUCGUUAUUGGAUAACAGGUUUAGAUACAAAUUUAAAGUAUAUCCUUGUCAUGGAUAUAUCUCCUGUGGAUAACCAUCGCUAUAAAUGGAAUGGUCGUUGGUGGGAACCCAGUGGGAAGGCUGAGCCCCAUGUUUUGGGAAGAGUUUUCAUCCAUCCAGAAUCUCCUUCCACUGGUCAUUAUUGGAUGCAUCAACCAGUAUCUUUUUAUAAACUCAAACUUACCAACAAUACAUUGGACCAAGAAGGGCAUAUUAUCUUGCAUUCUAUGCAUCGCUACCUGCCAAGGCUUCAUUUGGUGCCUGCAGAAAAGGCUACAGAAGUGAUACAAUUAAAUGGGCCUGGGGUCCACACUUUUACCUUCCCACAGACUGAAUUCUUUGCAGUAACAGCCUAUCAGAACACUCAGAUUACCCAACUGAAAAUCGAUUACAAUCCAUUUGCCAAAGGUUUUCGGGAUGAUGGACUAAACAAUAAGCCCCUCAGAGAUGGAAAACAAAAGAACAGCUCUGAUCAAGAAGGCAGUAGCAUUAAUGGUUCUCCUGGUCAUCGGGUCCGUCUUACAGAAGGUGAAGGAUCAGAAAUAGAUCCAAGUGAUUUUGAUCCUAUGUCAAGGGAUCAUGAAACGUCAGGCAAGGGUUUGGAGAAGCCUCCCCUUAACAUAAAGCAAGACUUUCUUGGUUUUGUGGAUACUGAUUCAACACUUGAAGUUCCUCAGUUGAAGCAAGAGCUUUCUGAAAGUCUUGUUGCCAACAGUUUUGAAGAUGGCUCCCAUAUAGCCUCAUUAGAAGCAAAUGAAAACUUCAAUGUUGUCAUUAAAGAGGAACCUCUAGAUGAUUAUGACUAUGAACUUGGCGAGUAUCCAGAAGGGGUUACCGUGAAACAGGAAGAGACAGAUGAAGAAACGGAUGUGUACUCCAACAGUGAUGAUGAUCCUAUAUUAGAGAAACAACUAAAAAGGCACAAUAAAAUUGAUAACCCAGAGACUGAUCAUUCAUCUUCUAAGUGGCUACCAAGCAGCCCAUCUGGUGUUGCUAAAGCUAAAAUGUUCAAAUUAGAUGCUGGAAAGAUGCCAGUAGUCUAUUUAGAGCCUUGUGCUGUCACCAAAAGCACAGUGAAGGUUUCUGAAUUGCCUGAUAAUAUGCUUUCCACAUCUCGAAAGGAUAAAUCGUCUGUGUUGACAGAAUUAGACUAUUUGCCUAUGGACAUUGAAAAUGCCAGUGGUACUGGCUUCUGUUUAGGCAAGGAAUCAGAAAAUGGUCUUAGUGAGUACUCACCUGAUCUCAGAGAGAUACAAAAAUAUCCUUCACUUAAAGAGCCUCAAUGGAAAUAUCCUGAUGUAUUUGACAGCAUUAACUCAGAAAGAAUACUUGACAGUUCAAAGAGUUCUGCUGGGGACUCAUUUUCAGGAAAAGAGGAUUUGGGUAGAAAGCGAACAACUGUGCUUAAGAUUGCAGCAGCCUCAAAGACUAUGAGUGCUAAUCACAAUGCCUCACCAAAUGUUCAUGGAAAAAGAGGAAGGCCUCGAAAAUUAAAACUCUCUAAGGCAGGGCGACCACCUAAGAACACAGGAAAGUCUUUAGCUUCUACAAAGAACAACCCUGUAGGCCUUGGAAAUGCCUUUUCUGAUGUGAAGCCCGAUUUGGAAGAUGUGGACGGUGUUCUUUUUGUUUCCUUUGAGUCAAAGGAAGCUCUAGAUAUUCACGCAGUUGAUGGAACAACAGAAGAACCCUCUAGUCUUCAGGCAUCAACCACAAAUGGCCCAGGUUGCAGAGUAAGAAUUUCUCAGUUGGAAAAGGAAUUGAUAGAAGAUUUGAAGUCCUUGCGGCACAAGCAGGUGAUACAUCCAGGUCUUCAAGAAGUGGGGUUAAAAUUGAAUUCAGUGGAUCCAGCAAUGAGCAUUGAUCUUAAAUACUUGGGAGUACAGCUACCUUUGGCUCCAGCAACAAGCUUCCCCUUUUGGAACCUUACAGGAGCCAACCCUGCCUCUCCUGAUGCUGGAUUUCCCUUUGUUUCUAGGACAGGAAAGACCAACGACUUUACCAAGAUCAAGGGAUGGAGAGGAAAAUUUCGUAGUGCUGCUGCAUCUAGAAAUGAGGGUGCAAAUUCAGAAGGUUCACUGAAAAACCGUUCUGCUUUCUGUAGUGAUAAGCUAGAUGAAUACUUGGAAAAUGAAGGCAAACUGAUGGAAACAAGUUUGGGUUUCUCUUCCAAUGCUCCCACAUCUCCUGUGGUAUACCAGCUUCCCACCAAGAGUACCAGCUAUGUACGAACACUCGAUAGUGUACUAAAGAAGCAAUCUACCAUUUCCCCUUCUACCUCUUACUCUUUGAAGCCUCAUUCUGUAACCACUGCCUCUCGAAAGGCAAAGCCUCAAAACAGACAGACAACACUCAGUGGCCGAACUAAAUCAUCUUAUAAAUCUAUUUUACCACACCCUGUUUCGCCAAAACAGAAACACACACAUGUGAUCCCAGGAGAUAAGAUCCCCAAGAACUCUUCAAGUACUAUCUCAGAUAAUCAGGUCAAUAAUGUUGUGCCAGCUUUAGAGGAAAAUGUACUUCCAAAGCAGAUUAGCUUGCGGCAGACGCAGCAGCAACAGCAACAGCAGCAACAGGGUACUCGCCCUCCAGGCUUGUCUAAAUCUCAGGUAAAGCUAAUGGACCUGGAAGACUGUGCACUUUGGGAAGGAAAACCAAGGACCUAUAUCACUGAAGAGCGAGCAGAUGUAUCCUUGACAACCCUCCUUACAGCUCAGGCAUCUCUGAAAACAAAACCUAUUCACACAAUCAUAAGGAAAAGAGCUCCACCAUGCAACAAUGACUUCUGUCGACUCGGUUGUGUAUGUUCUAGUCUAGCUUUGGAGAAGCGCCAGCCUGCUCACUGCCGUCGACCAGACUGCAUGUUUGGCUGCACUUGUUUGAAAAGAAAAGUUGUACUAGUUAAAGGGGGAUCCAAAAUUAAGCAUUUCCAAAGGAAGGCUACUCAUCGAGAUCCAGUAAUUUAUGAUAAUCUGAGAGAGGAGCCAAAGGAGGAAGAAGACGAAGACAGAGAAGAGGAGGAACACAUGAAAGAGAAAAGAAAGAGAAAGAAGCUGGAAUAUACUAUCUGUGAAACGGAGCCUGAACAACCUGUUCGACAUUACCCAUUAUGGGUAAAAGUAGAAGGUGAAGUAGAUCCAGAGCCAGUUUAUAUCCCAACGCCUUCUGUCAUUGAGCCUAUGAAACCACUAUUACUGCCUCAGCCAGAAGUAGUAUCCACUACUAUGAAGGGCAAACUGCUCACUGGAAUUAAACCUGCACGGGCAUACACUCCGAAACCUAAUCCUGUGAUACGGGAAGAGGACAAAGAUCCUAUCUAUUUGUACUUUGAAAGUAUGAUGACUUGUGCCCGAGUUCGAAUAUAUGAAAGAAAAAAAGAGGAACAGAGACAGCCAUCUCCAUCCCCGUCCCCGUCUCCAUCAUUUCAGCAGCAGAGUUCCUGUCAUUCUAGUCCUGAAAACCACAAUACAAAGGAACCUGAUUCUGAACAGCAGCCUUUAAAACAAUUCAUUUGUGACUUGGAGGAUGAUUCUGAUAAAUCACAAGAAAAGAGCUGGAAGUCUCCCUCCAAUGAAGGGGAAUCCUCUUCUACCUCUUAUGUGCAUCAGAAGUCUCCUGGUGGUCCCACCAAACUGAUAGAGAUCAUCUCAGACUGCAACUGGGAGGAGGAUCGGAACAAGAUUUUGAGCAUCUUAUCUCAGCACAUCAAUAGCAACAUGCCACAAUCACUUAAGGUGGGCAGCUUCAUCAUUGAGUUGGCUUCUCAGCGAAAGAGCCGGGGUGAGAAGAACCCUCCUGUUUAUUCUUCUCGUGUGAAAAUCUCUAUGCCAUCAUGUCAAGACCAAGAUGAUAUGGCUGAGAAAUCUGGAUCAGAGACUCCUGAUGGUCCAUUGUCCCCUGGGAAAAUGGAUGAUAUCUCUCCUGUGCAGACAGAUGCCCUGGAUUCAGUGAGGGAGAGAUUACAUGGAGGCAAAGGUCUGCCUUUUUAUGCAGGGCUUUCCCCUGCAGGAAAGCUUGUGGCCUAUAAGCGUAAACCCAGUUCAAGCACAUCUGGGCUUAUCCAGGUUAAUGGUAAGAGUUACCCGCAGGCUAAGUUGCUAUUGGGACAGAUGGGGGCAUUGCAUCCAGCCAAUAGGCUAGCUGCUUAUAUCACAGGCAGGUUGCGACCCUCAGUCCUGGACCUCUCAACCCUCAGUACUGUCAUCUCCAAGGUAGCAUCCAAUGCCAAGGUGGCUGCAUCCAGGAAACCACGCACCCUACUGCCUUCAACAUCCAAUUCCAAAAUGGCAACCUCCUCUGGCACUUCAACAAACCGCUCUGGGAAGAAUCCGAAGACAUUUGUCCUGGCAAAAAGGCCAAUUGCGGCUCGACCCUCUCCUGGUGGUGUGUUCACACAGUUUGUGAUGAGUAAAGUUGGAGCCUUACAGCAGAAGAUACCUGGAGUUAGCACACCCCAAACCCUGACAGGGCCACAGAAGUUCAGUAUCAGACCUUCUCCAGUAAUGGUCGUCACACCUGUUGUUUCUUCUGAGCCAGUUCAGGUGUGCAGCCCUGUGACUGCUGCUGUCACUACUACCACCCCUCAAGUGUUUUUAGAAAAUGUUACUGCUGUGACAUCUAUGACUGCUAUUUCUGACGUGGGAACUAAAGAAACUACUUAUUCUUCUGGUGCCACCACUGCAGGGGUUAUUGAGGUCUCUGAAACCAAUACCAGCACCACUGUAACAUCUACCCAGUCUACAGCCACUGUGAACCUUACCAAAACUACUGGGAUAACUACCCCUGUGGCUUCAGUUGCUUUUCCUAAAUCUUUGGUAACAUCUCCUCCAACCAUAACUCUUCCUGUUGCUUCCACUGCCUCCACCUCCAUAGUCAUGGUGACCACAGCUGCCUCUUCCUCCUCCUCCGUGGUGACCACACCAACUUCAUCUCUGGGCUCUGUUCCUAUUAUACUCUCAGGAAUUAAUGGGAGUCCACCAGUAAGCCAGAGACCAGAAAAUGUCCCUCAGAUUCCAGUGGCUGCUCCACAAAUAUCUCCUAAUGCAUUGAAACGUCCUGGACCUCGGUUGUUGUUGAUUCCAGUGCAGCAGACUUCUCCUACACUUAGACCUGUCCCAAACCCACAACUUCAGGGACAACGGAUGGUUUUACAGCCUGUUAGGAGCCCAAGUGGAAUGAAUCUCUUUAGGCAUCCCAAUGGGCAAAUUGUCCAGCUUCUACCUUUGCAUCAGAUCCGAGGUUCUGGUACCCAGCCCAGCUUACAACCUGUCAUGUUUCGGAACCCAGGGUCUGUGGUGGGAAUCCGUUUGCCUACGCCUUCCAAGCCUUCUGAGUUACCACCAUCUUCUACUUCAUCCUCUGCUUUUUCUGUUGUAAAUCCUGUAAUUCAGGCUGUUGGAUCUUCUCCAGCAGUGAAUGUAAUCACUCAGGCACCAUCUUUACUUUCCUCUGGACCAAGUUUUGUCUCUCAGGCUGGUACUCUGACCCUGAGGAUUUCUCCUCCUGAGCCACAGAGUUUUGCAAGUAAAACAGGCUCUGAAACCAAAAUAACAUAUAGCUCAGGAGCACAGCCUGUUAGUACAGCCAAUCUCAUUCCUCUCCAGUCUGGUAGUUUUGCCUUGCUGCAGCUCCCAGGACAAAAGCCUGUUCCUAGCUCCAUUCUCCAGCAUGUUGCUGCCCUUCAGAUGAAGAAAGAAUCCCAGAAUGGAGACCAGAAAGAUGAAACAAACUCCGUAAAAAGAGAGAAGGAAACUAAGACAACUGUACAGUCAGAAGGAGAAGGUAUAGGUUCUGAGGCUAGCAUAAUUAAGCAGAAUUUAGGAACUGUUUCCUCAAAAGAAACUUUGGAUUCCUUGGAAGAUGGGGGUGAUUGUCUGAAUGAAGAAUCCCUUACAGAAAAAGAUUCCACAACUGUCAAACCUUCUGAGCACUCCUGCAUCACUGAAUCACACACAAGUGAAGACUGUAAAGAUGUUACUGAAGAUUGUGGGACUAGAAAUCAUAACAGUUCCAAAGAAAAAGUGACUGUUCUAGAAGUUAGGACAGUUUCUGAAAAAUCCAGUAAUAUGACAGUACAAAAUCUGAGUAAAGUACAGCUUCAGAAGUCUGGUGAUGUGAAGGUGGAGCAGCGGAAAGAAUUAGAUAAUCCAGAUGAAAAACGAAAUGAAUUUCUAUUUAUUGAAUUAUCAGGGAACAAACUUAUGCUUCAGAAACAAUGUAAUUCACAGCCAGAGGCCAAGGAGAAGAAUUGUGUGGACUCUCUGGAGAAGGACAGGAUUAGGGAAAGAUGGAAAAAGUAUCCAAAGAGCCCCUUGGUCCGAAAACAUGUUAGAACUUCAGAAGAAUGUAAGAAAGAGGCAGAUGAGCAAUUAAUUAGAGAAUCAAAGCCAUAUCAAGAUUCAGAUGUGUUUCAAGAAGAGCAGGACAUGUCUGGUCUAUAUGAGAAAAGUGGAACUGGUGAGAAUGAUGGAGUUUUAAAAACUGAGUGUGAUUCUUGGAGUAGGAUUGCUAAUCCUGCAGCCUUCUCCAUCAUUCCUAGGCGAAUUACAAAAGGAAACAGAGGGAAUGAACUUUAUCAGGGUGAUUUACUACUACCAGGAAAACAGAUGAAACCAAAGCAAGACCAAAAGGAUAGAAAAAGCAGUGCUGACUUCAUUGGUUUGGAUUUGGAAGAGGAGGAUGAAGAAGAGAAUGAAAAAACCGAUGAUUCUGUUGAUGAAAUUGUGGAUGUUGUGUCUGACUACCAGAGUGAGGAGGUUGAGGAUGUAGAAAAGGUGAAUAACUGUAUAGAAUACAUUGAGGAUGAUGAACAUGUGGAUAUUGAAACUGUAGAAGAGCUUUCAGAGGAAAUUAAUGUUGCCCACAAGAAGACCAUAACAGCUCACACACAGUCAUUCAAGCAGAUGUGCCGUACCCAUGCAGAUGAAAAAGCUACUGAAAGAAGUCGAAAGGCCCCAUCAGUUCCUCUAAAACUGAAACCUGAUUAUUGGAGUGACAAGCUACAGAAAGAAGCAGAAGCUUUUGCUUAUUAUCGCCGGACACAUACUGCCAAUGAGCGGCGGCGGCGUGGUGAAAUGAGAGAUCUCUUUGAAAAAUUGAAGAUCACAUUGGGAUUACUUCAUUCUUCCAAGGUUUCCAAAAGUCUCAUUCUUACUCGUGCAUUCAGUGAAAUUCAGGGACUAACAGAUCAGGCAGACAAACUGAUAGGACAGAAAAAUCUCCUGACUAGAAAACGGAAUAUCUUGAUACGAAAGGUAUCAUCUCUUUCAGGUAAGACAGAAGAAGUGGUCCUGAAGAAGCUAGAGUAUAUUUAUGCAAAACAACAAGCACUAGAGGCUCAGAAAAGAAAAAAGAAGAUGGGAACAAAUGAGUUUGAUGAGUCUCCCAGAACUAGCAAACAGCAGGAAAGAUCUUCUACAUCUUCUGUAGAUCUCGGACAGAUGUUUAUUAAUAACAGAAGGGGGAAACCUUUGAUUCUUUCCAGAAAAAGAGACCAGGCCACAGAAAACACCUCUCCCAAUACUCCACACACCUCUGCCAAUCUCGUGAUGACUCCACAAGGACAAUUACUUACCUUAAAAGGUCCCCUGCUCUCAGGACCAGUGGUAACUGUUUCUCCUGCUCUCUUAGAAACGGAUUUGAAGCCUCAAAUUGCCAGUAGUGGUAUGGCUCAAUCAGAGAACGAUGACUUAUUUAUGAUGCCACGAAUUGUUAAUGUGACAUCACUGGCCACAGAGGGAAGUUUGGUAGAUAUGGGUGGCAGCAAAUAUCCUCACGAAGUUCCUGAUGGCAAGCCAUCUGAGCACCUGAAAGACACGGUCAGGAAUGAAGAUAACCUGGAGGAUUCUGAUAGAGUAUCUUCAAGAGGAAACCAUAGUGACAGAAGAAUGGCAUUGGGUCCAACACAAGCUUUUCUGGCAAAUAAAGAUUCUGGUUUUUCACGUAUAGUUGAUGUUUCUAGGAUGCAGGAAACACAAGAGUUUUUACCUAAAAAGAUUUCAUGUGAUGUAAAAGGGAAUCGGUAUAAGUGGAAGGAGGGUGAAUCAAGAGGAGAGAGAUUAAAAUCAAAGGAAUCUCCAUUUCAUAAGUUAAAGAUGAAAGAUCUCAAGGACUCAAGCAUAGAGAUGGAACUGAGGAAAGUAGCAUCAGCUAUAGAGGAAGCAACUCUUGAUUCCAGUGACCUACUGACCAACAUGGAAGAUGACGAUGAUACUGAUGAGACACUGACUUCACUGCUCAAUGAGAUUGCCUUUCUUAAUCAGCAGCUGAAUGAUGACUCUGUCAGUCUUGCUGAACUGCCCACCUCUAUGGAUACAGAGUUUCCAGGAGAUGCUCAGCGGGCUUUUAUCAGUAAGCUUCCUCCUAGGAACAGAGCACCUUUCCAUGUUGGCCACUUGGGAACAGAUUUGAAAGAGAUGCCUGAUGACCAACGAGAGAGUGACUCCAUCAGCCCCCUCCUUUUGCACUUGGAAGAUGAUGACUUUUCUGAGAAUGAAAAACAACUUGUUGAAACAGCCUCAGAGCCAGAUGUUCUUAAGAUUGUCAUUGACUCUGAGAUGAAGGAUUCAUUUCUUUCUCACAGGAAAUCUAGUGAUGGAGGGAAGAGUACUUCUGGUCUCCCUGUAGAACCUGAAAAUGUGUCCUCACCUCCCAUCCUACACAUGAAGACUGGCCUGGAGAAUAGCAACACAGAUAUUUUGUGGAGGCCUAUGCCAAAGUUAGCACCUUUAGGUUUAAAAGUAGCUAAUCUUCCCAGUGAUGCAGAUGGUCAGACUCUCAAGGUGAUGCCUUGUUUGGCACCUGUAGCUGCUAAAAUUGGGUCAGUUGGACAUAAAAUGAACUUAACUGGGAGUGACCAGGAAGGCCGGGAGAGCAAGAUGAUGCCUACAUUGGCACCUAUUAUGGCUAAAUUGGGCAACUCUGGGGUAUCACCAAGUUCUUCAGGGAAAUGAACUUACUUUUCUUAAGACAGAAACCAGGCUAUGAGGGGAAGUUGAACCUUACCUCCUUUCUCUGCAGGCAUUUGUUUGUGUCAUGGAACAGUGAUCCUUGACUUUGAUGGUGUAGUAGAUAAGAAAAAGGGGGUAGGGUGCUGACCCUGGUAUAAGAAAUAAUACGAAAUUCUGAUCAUGUUAAAAUGUGUUACCUCACUUGUGGUGCUGGGUCCUCUAAUCCUAAGAAGAUGUGAUCCAUUACUGAACACGAGGUGCCCCUUACCCAAGGAAUUUAUUCAGGACUGGCUCCAUAGUUGUCCCUACCGCCAAAACUCCUAACUCCCCAAGAGAAAAAGCUGUGUUAGAAAUCAGAAUUGCUUUGUACGAAAUUGUAUCUGAGAGCUCUUUGGUUAAAUCUAAAAUCUGAGGAAUGUGUUACAUUUGUGCAAAAGGGAUCCAGAAGACAUCAUUUUAAGUUAUUUCAGUGAUUGAGAUAGGAUAUGUACCGUGAAAUACCAAAGUGAAGAAUUUUAUGUCACUUGGCAAAAUUUUACCUUUUUUUAGAUCCUAAGUAGCUUCCUUUUUCUUACUUUUUCAAUCAGAAUUCCAUAUGCAAGCCUUUUCAUGAAGUAGAGAUCUUUUAACUUUAUUAUUGUGAUUAUUUUGAGAUGC